AGAAUGGAGACUGAACAAAACUUUCCUUUUUCAUGAAUUCUUUUGAUCUUUCCCCACCUGCAAAGUCAAAAGAUCGGCAGUGUGAAAUGCGCUCAGAGACAUUAAAAAUGGGGUGCUUGCUUCAUCGUUUUUUGUGAUGGUACAGAAUGGGGAAAAGUUGAAAAAAUUUGCAUAGAAGAGGGGGAGAGUGUCGUACACUUUCGAGUUGCUCCACAUCUGUCUUUGCUUACUGCUUGCACACUGCAGCUUCUGCUGAUUUAUUAAACGAAACCCCUCUUGGAAUGGUGGGUCGCUUUCUGCACAAGGUAGAGAAAUAGAAGAAGAAAGGUUAUGCGUGCGUGUGAUCUUUGAAGUUUCAGGACCUCAAUAAUCCUCCGCAGAGAGAGAAGGAGAGAGAGGACCACCAAGAAAGCAGAGUCAAUGGUCUCUGCGUGACAAAGUAUCCGGUGUCCCCCUCUUCUUUCUGCAAGUCUUCUGCAGUUGAUAGACGGAGAAACCAGACCCGAUGAGCCUAUUUGUUUUCUUAUGAGAAAUUUUAGUGAGGAAGCUCUGAUGGCGAAAAAGAGUGGGCUCCGGGUGGUAAUUCUGAGGACUAGUUACUGUUCCGAAUGAAGCCCAUCUCUGAAACUAGGCGAUUGUUUUUCCUCGAAGCCCCAAAACUGUUACUGUUCAAGUAUUCCCGAGAAAACCAGUUGUUUUUCUUUUCCCUUCAUUUUGAUAGUAGCUUGAAUACUUUGUUGGUUUUGGGCAGGAGCCCAGCUAGAAGACUCAGGUGAGCUUUCUAAAGGUGUCAAUCUUGGAAAAUUGGGACUUGUGGCUGAUUGUUGACGGCGAGAUACCUUGAGAAGAUGGAAUUAUGUAGAUUCUCUGACUGGUGAAGACGUGAGCACGUUGAGAUGAAGAAUUGGGUGGUUGAUUUUGGAAUUUUGGAGAUGGUUUGUGAUUUCAGGUGGCAGUGAGAUGGAAGGAUUGAGUUUACUGUGAUCCUUUCUCCGGCAGAGUGAGAAUGGAGGAGAAAGCUGCUGCUCUUCAUACCGUGGAGAGUGCAGUUCAGGCACUAGGGAGGGGUUUUGACGUCACGUUCGACAGCAGGUUGCUGUAUUGCAAGGGGCUUGCUGAGUCCAGAAUAGUCGAGGUCGACGAGGAGCACACAAGGGAUUUUGUGGCUUUUGAUGAUCUAGUGGUCGCUAAUGUCUCCAGGGAUAUCAGGAGGGUCCAGGUGAAGAGUCGCAGAGAGGCAUCAGGAAUUCGUAGUUUUCACGAGAUGGCUGAGUAUUUCAAUAUCAAGGCAUGUCUUUCCGGAAGUGUCCCUCUAGGAAACUUCAAUUCUGCUUUCAAUUUCACUGGAUUGAGGCACAUUGAUUCAGCUGCUACAAAGUCCCUUGCUGUUGAUGGAUUCUAUGUACCCUUGGUCAAGGUUGAGUUAAUGAAGCUUCCUUUGGUAUUAAGGGAGAAUGUGAGACAUGCUGUUCCAUGUUCAUGGGAUCCAAUGGCUUUAGCUAGCUUCAUUGAGAACUUUGGUACACACGUCAUUACAUCUGUGACAAUUGGAGGUAGAGAUGUAAUAUAUGUCAAGCAGCACAAUACCUCUUCUUUAUCAGCUGCAGCAAUUAAACAUUAUGUUCAGGACAUUGGGGAUCAAAGAUUCUCUGAUACAGAUGCCCAAACAAGUAGAACUCCAGUGAAAUUCAAAGACAAGGCUGGAGACUCUUUCGCAUUUAACAGCCAAGGUGUACAUCCUCAACCUUCAAUUCCUCCAUUUCUAACUGGGAAAGAAGAUGUUACCGUGAUUUUGAGGAGAAGAGGAGGAGACGAUCUGAUUCAGAGCCAUACUCAUUGGGCAAAAACUGUUCGAUUUGCUCCUGAUGUUGUUGACAUGACCUUCUGUCCGAUCAGCUCUCUACUUGAUGGUAUUCCUGGAAAGGAUCACCUUGUUCGGGCCAUUGACCUUUACCUAGAAAAUAAACCUCCGAUUGAGGAAUUGCGAUACUUCUUAGAGUUCCAGAUUCCUCGUGUAUGGGCGCCCAACAGGGACCACCUUCCUGGUCCUCAAAGAAAGGGGCCUGUGUGCCCCUCUCUGCAGUUUAGCUUGAUGGGUCCUAAGCUUUAUGUUAGCCCGGAACAGGUAUCAGUUGGUAGGAAGCCUGUUACAGGUCUUCGUCUGUGCCUAGAAGGGAGCAAGCAAAAGCGACUGUGUGUUCAUCUCCAACACUUGGCAACAUUGCCGAAGAUCCUCCAACCGUACUGGGACAUCCAUGUGGCCAUUGGACCGCCUAGGUGGCAUGGAGCUGAAGAACAAGAUACUAGAUGGUUUGAGCCAGUGAAAUGGAAGAAUUUUUCUAAUGUCAGCACUGCCCCAAUUGAGUUGAACGAAUCCUACACUGCUGAACCUUCGGGUGCUUACAUAGUUACUGGUGCUCAGCUUGGAGUCUGGGAUUUUGGGAAUAGAAAUGUUUUGCAUUUGAAACUUUUAUAUUCCAAGGUCCCUGGUUGCACUAUCAAGAGAUCUGUUUGGGACCAUACUCCAAGUCAAAAUGAUAUUGCAAGAACACAAGCGGUUGAAGCUUCAAAAACCAGUGACUCAAGCUCUGGAAUGACGACAGCACAGGCGGCGAAACUGAUGAAAAUUGUGGACAUGUCUGAAAUGAGCAAAGGUCCACAGGAUCCACCGGGCCACUGGUUGGUUACAGGUGCUAAAUUAGGUGUAGAGAAAGGGAAGAUUGUUUUGCGAGUAAAAUACUCUCUAUUGAACUUUUGACAACAGUUGCAGCACGUCAUUGUCAUUGUGGGCUCGGUAGGAAGGUUCGCUGGGCAGGCAGGAGACGCUAUUUUGCACUGCCCAUUGUAGCAUCUGUAUGUAAAUCACAUUUAGUGGGUUGCUUGUAGUAAUUUUGAAAGUACCGUGAAGGGAUUUUCCCUGUCAAUGGAAGUAUUAUUGCACUUAUCGAUGGAAAGAACUCGUGAUAAAAAAGUUUCUUCUUGAGUGAUGAUUUUAGCUUUAGAGCUAAUUAUUUA